GAGUAACCCUGCCUCCUCAGCGCAGUGUACAGAGAGCGCUAUAAAAACAGCUAAAGGUUAAAAACGGCAGUUUCACAGACCGAGACCGCACGGUUCACAGCGCAGAGAGAAGAUACAACAAAAAGGAAUCUUUUGCUUCGUUUACUUUAAAGGAUUUAGCAUUUAUGCAUAAAGACACAUAAAGACUGCGCGAGAUAAUAGUCGAGCGCCGGAGUCUGUGAGCUGGAACUCCUGAGGAAAGAUGUCCAUCUUUACUCAGCUGGGUUUGCUCCUGUGGAAGAACUUCACCUACAGAAGAAGGCAAACACUCCAACUUCUAAUCGAGAUAGCCUGGCCGCUCUUCAUCUUUUUCAUCUUGAUAUCUGUGAGGCUUUCGUACCCUCCGUAUGAGCAACAUGAAUGUCACUUUCCAAACAAAGCUAUGCCCUCUGCUGGGACGCUGCCAUGGGUUCAAGGGAUCAUCUGCAAUGCCAACAAUCCCUGUUUCCGCUACCCUACGCCAGGAGAAUCCCCUGGAGUUGUGGGCAAUUUCAACAAGUCCAUUAUCUCUCGCCUGUUUUUGGAUGCCAAGAAAAUCCUCUUGUACAGUCAGAAUGACAAAAGCCUGAGUGGAUUCAAGGACCUCAUUCAAGCCCUGAAGAACAUGCAGAAGUCUAGCUCAGGUUUCAAGCUGAAAGACUUCCUCGUUGAUAAUGAGACCUUGUCAACAUUCCUUGAGAGAAAUGCCUCACUCCCUGAAUAUGCAGUCCGAGAGAUAGUGGAAGCUGGUGUGAACUUGGAACAAGUGCUGAUGAGAGGUUUUGGUGUUCACUUAAGAGACCUUUGCAACUCCACCAAGCUGGGAGACUUCGUCAACAUGUCUGAUACAGCGUUAUCACUCUCUCAACACAUCAUCUGUACCUCCUCUAAAGAAUGGCUCAACCAGGCUGAAGAGCACUUCCUGUCUAACCUGGAUUUUCUGAAACCAAUACAGAAAACAGUGAAGACGGACCCUCAAAAUGUUCAGGAGGUUUCAGAGGCUACAGAUAACCUCCUUCAGAGUCUGGCAGCAUUGGCUGCAGAGCUUGCCAGCAUGAAAAGCUGGAGUGACCUGAGGAAUGAAAUUUUAUUCCUGACCGAGAACGCCACAGGCUCCCCCAGUCACAUAUACCAGGCGGUGUCCAGGAUUGUGUGUGGACACCCUGAGGGUGGAGGCCUCAAGAUCAAGUCCCUCAACUGGUACGAAGACAAUAACUACAAGGCCCUGUUCGGCCACAACAGCACUGAGGACGACACUGUCGUCUACGACAACUCCUCCACUCCAUACUGCAAUGAGCUGAUGAAGAAUUUGGAGUCCAGCCCCAUUUCUAGAAUGAUCUGGAGGGCACUGAAGCCACUGCUCAUGGGCAAGAUCCUGUAUACUCCAGACACCCCAGCCACACAGAGGAUUAUUAAAGAGGUUAACAAGACGUUUCAGGAGCUGGGCAUAUUUCGGGAUUUGGGAGGCAUGUGGGAUGAACUGAAACCCAAGAUCUGGAAUUUCAUGGAGAACAGUGAGGAAAUGGAUUUAGUUCGGACUCUCCUUCAGAACAACGCGAGUGCCAGCUUCUUUCAUGCCCAGUUAAAUGACACGGACUUGAGAGUUGAAGACGUGUCGAGUUUCUUAUCCAAACAGUCGGAGGACACUCGUCCCCGGGGAACAGCGUACACAUGGAGAGACAUCUUCAAUGAGACAGACCAGGCAGUGCAGAGCAUCUCUCAAUUCAUGGAGUGUGUCAACUUAGACAAGCUGGAGCCGGUAGCGACUGAGGAACGACUCAUUAACAAGUCCAUGAAGCUACUGGAUGACCGGAAGUUCUGGGCUGGAAUCGUGUUUCCGGGAAUUGAGACCAAUAGCUCAGAUUUGCCAACAAAAGUUGACUACAAGAUCCGCAUGGACAUUGACAACGUGGAAAGGACCAACAAGAUCAAAGACGGGUACUGGGAUCCUGGUCCUAGAGCUGACCCGUUUGAAGACUUGCGCUACAUCUGGGGCGGAUUCUCCUACCUCCAGGACGUAAUCGAGCACAGCAUCAUCCGAGCUGUCACGGGCACCAAGGAGAGGAUAGGAGUCUAUAUCCAGCAGAUGCCUUACCCCUGCUACGUGGAUGACAUCUUUUUACGUGUGAUGAGCCGCUCGCUGCCGCUGUUCAUGACGCUGGCCUGGAUCUACUCGGUGGCCAUCAUCAUCAAGGGCAUCGUGUAUGAGAAGGAGGCCCGCCUCAAGGAGACCAUGAGGAUCAUGGGGCUGGACAACGGUAUCCUGUGGUUCAGCUGGUUCAUCAGCAGCCUCAUCCCACUCCUCAUGAGCGCCGCAUUGCUCGUACUGAUUCUGAAGAAGGGAAACCUGCUGCCCUACAGUGACCCCGGGGUGGUUUUCCUGUUCCUGGCCUCCUUUGCCGUGGUGACCAUCCUGCAGUGUUUCCUCAUCAGCACCCUGUUCUCCCGCGCCAACCUGGCUGCCGCCUGUGGCGGCAUCAUCUACUUCACCCUCUACCUCCCCUACGUCCUGUGCGUCGCCUGGCAGGACUACGUGGGCUUCGGAGUGAAGGUCUUCGCUAGCUUGUUGUCCCCAGUAGCAUUUGGGUUUGGAUGUGAGUAUUUUGCACUAUUUGAAGAGCAGGGGGUUGGCAUUCAGUGGAACAACCUUGUUUCCAGUCCCCUAGAAGAAGACAACUAUAAUCUCACCACUUCCAUCAUCAUCAUGUAUUUCGAUGCCUUCCUUUAUGGAAUGAUGACCUGGUACAUCGAAACUGUCUUCCCAGGGCAGUACGGGAUACCCAGACCCUGGUAUUUCCCCUUUACUAAGUCCUACUGGUUUGGUGAAGCUGAGGACAAGAAACAUAGCACAGCAUCAAACAAGAAAGGCAAUGUGGGAGUGUGUGUUGAGGAAGAGCCGGCACAUCUCCAACCAGGAGUGUACAUCCAAAACCUGGUGAAGGUGUACCCUGAUGGAAACAAGGUGGCGGUGGACGGGCUGAAUCUGGGUUUUUAUGAAGGGCAGAUCACCUCCUUCCUGGGACACAAUGGAGCUGGGAAGACAACCACCAUGUCAAUCCUUACUGGGCUAUUUCCUCCCACCUCUGGUACUGCUUACAUCCUGGGGAAAGACAUCCGUUCUGAGCUCAGCAGCAUCCGGAAAAACCUCGGAGUGUGUCCACAGCACAACGUUCUGUUUGAUCAGCUGACAGUGGAAGAGCACAUCUGGUUCUACGCCCGUCUGAAAGGCCUGUCGGAGAAGGAAGUGAAAGCAGAAAUGGAGCAGAUUGUCGGAGACGUUGGCCUACCUCAGAAACGCAAGGCGAAAACAAGUCAGCUGUCCGGAGGUAUGCAGAGGAAGCUGUCAGUGGCUUUGGCAUUUGUUGGAGGGUCAAAGGUCGUUAUUCUGGAUGAGCCUACUGCUGGUGUGGACCCUUAUGCCCGCAGAGGCAUCUGGGAUCUUCUGCUGAAGUAUCGCCAAGGCCGCACCAUCAUUCUCUCAACGCAUCAUAUGGAUGAAGCUGACAUUCUUGGGGACAGAAUUGCUAUCAUCUCUCAUGGCAAGCUGUGCUGUGUUGGAUCAUCGCUGUUCUUGAAGAAUCAGCUGGGCACAGGCUACUACUUGACCCUGGUGAAGAAAGACCUGGAUUCCUCCCUGAGCUCCUGCAGGAACAGCAGCAGCACGGUGUCUUACAUCAAAAAGGAGGACAGUGUUUCACAGAGCAGCUCCGAUGCCGGACUUGGAAGUGACCAGGAAAGUGACACAACCGUUAUUGACGUGGCGCUCAUCUCCGGCGUGAUUCUGAAGCACGUCCCCAAGGCCCGGCUGGUGGAAGACUUCGGUCACGAGCUGAGCUAUGUGCUGCCUUAUGAGGCGGCCAAGGAAGGGGCCUUCGUGGAGCUGUUCCACGAGAUUGACGAUCGACUCUCAGACUUGGGCAUCUCCAGCUACGGCAUAUCAGACACCACACUGGAGGAGAUAUUCCUAAAAGUGGCAGAAGACAGCGGAGUCGAUGCAGAGGUUUCAGAUGGGACCAUCCCAGCUCGGAGGAACCGCAGACAUGCCUUUGGAGACAGACAGAGCUGCUUGAGGCCUUUUACUGAGGAUGACGCCUUCGAUUGUAAUGACUCUGAGGGUGAUCCAGAAUCCAGAGAGACGGACUGGCUCAGUGGAAUGGAUGGGAAGGGCUCGUAUCAAGUGAAAGGCUGGAGCCUUAAGAGACAGCAGUUCGUGGCCUUGCUGUGGAAAAGAUUUCUGUACGCACGUCGAUCCAGGAAGGGCUUCUUUGCACAGAUUGUGCUACCGGCUGUGUUUGUGUGCAUUGCCCUCGUCUUCAGCCUAAUUGUUCCUCCUUUUGGAAAAUAUCCAAGCCUGGAGCUACAGCCCUGGAUGUAUGAUGAGCAGUUCACCUUUAUAAGCAACGAUGCCCCUGAAGAUGCCAACACACAGAAGUUACUGGGUUCUCUGACCAGCAGUCCAGGAUUCGGCACCAGGUGCAUGAAAGGAAAUCCUAUUCCAGAUACCCCGUGCUUGGUGGGGGACAACGAGUGGGUGACGCCAGAAGUGCCGGACAGCGUGACGGAUCUCUUCCUGAAAGGGAACUGGACAAUGGAGAAGCCAUCUCCCUGCUGUGAGUGCAGCAGUGAAGGCCGGAAGAAAAUGCUCCCCGACUGCCCAGCGGGAGCCGGCGGACUGCCCCCGCCUCAGAUGAAACUAAGUACAGGAGACACCCUGCAAAACCUCACUGGCAGAAAUAUAUCUGACUACCUGGUGAAAACAUACGCACAGAUCAUCGGCAAAAGCCUGAGGAACAAGAUUUGGGUCAACGAAUUCAGGUAUGGUGGAUUCUCUCUGGGGGCAAGCAGUUCUGAGAUCCUCCCACCUGGCGAUGAAAUUAACGAUGCCAUAUUUCGAAUCAGAAAGCUUUUCAACUUGGAAAAGGGAGCAGCAGCCGAUCGAUUCUUGGGAAGUUUAUCUGGAUUCAUGAAGGGACUGGAUGCAAAAGAUAAUGUGAAGAUCUGGUUUAAUAAUAAAGGCUGGCACAGCAUUGGCACCUUCCUGAAUGUGAUGAACAAUGGGAUCCUUCGCGCCAAUCUACCCGAAGGGGAAGAUCCCAGUGUGUACGGGAUCAGCGCCUUUAACCACCCUCUGAACCUCACAAAGGAGCAGCUCUCACAGGUGGCCCUGAUGACCACCUCAGUGGACGUUCUGGUGUCUAUCUGCGUGAUCUUCGCCAUGUCCUUCGUGCCGGCCAGUUUCGUAGUGUUCCUGAUCCAGGAGAGAGUGAGCAAGUCAAAGCACAUGCAGUUCAUCAGUGGAGUCCAGCCCGGACUUUACUGGUUGGCCAACUUUGUCUGGGAUAUGUGCAACUACAUUGUGCCUGCGACACUUGUCAUCAUCAUUUUCGUCUGCUUUCAACAAAAGUCCUAUGUCUCCUCUGCCAACCUGCCUGUCCUGGCUCUUCUGCUGCUCCUCUAUGGGUGGUCAAUCACCCCCUUGAUGUAUCCUGCCUCCUUCUUCUUCAAAAUCCCCAGCACGGCAUAUGUGGUUCUCACCAGUGUUAAUCUGUUCAUUGGGAUCAACGGGAGUGUUUCCACUUUUGUACUUGAACUGUUUACCAACCAUAGCCUUGGUGGAGUGAAUGAGAUUCUGAAGCGAGUUUUCCUCAUCUUCCCACACUUCUGUCUGGGACGAGGUUUGAUCGACAUGGUGAAAAAUCAGGCUAUGGCCGACGCCCUGGAGAGAUUUGGGGAGAAUCGCUUCAGGUCGCCCCUGUCCUGGGACAUGGUUGGCAGGAACCUCUUCGCGAUGGCAGUGGAGGGCGUGGUGUUCUUCUGUAUUACAGUGCUCAUCCAGUACAGAUUCUGCAUCAAGCCAAGGGCAGUGUCUCCCAAACUUCAGCCUAUCAGUGAUGAAGAUGAAGAUGUGGCACGCGAGAGGCAGAGGAUUAUGAGUGGUGGCGGGCAGACUGACAUCCUGGAGCUCAGGGAGUUGACGAAGGUGUACAGAAUGAAACGGAAGCCCGCUGUGGAUCGUCUUUGUGUGGGAAUCCCACCAGGGGAGUGUUUUGGCCUGCUGGGUGUAAACGGUGCUGGAAAGACGACCACCUUCAAGAUGCUGUCGGGUGAUACAGACGUAACUCGUGGGGAGGCCUUCCUAAGUGGAAAGAGUGUCCUGAGAGAGAUCCACGAGGUGCACCAGAACAUGGGCUACUGCCCUCAGUUCGAUGCCAUCAAUGACCUGUUGACUGGAAGAGAGCACCUGGAGUUCUACGCUAUUUUGCGUGGAGUACCAGAGAAAGAAGUCUGCAAGGUAGCGGAGUGGGGGAUCCGGAAACUGGGCCUGGUGAAGUAUGUGGACAAAGGCGCUGGGAGUUACAGUGGAGGCAACAUGCGCAAACUCUCCACUGCGAUGGCUUUGAUUGGAGGACCUCCUGUGGUGUUCCUGGACGAGCCCACCACUGGAAUGGACCCUAAAGCUCGGAGAGCCCUCUGGAACUGUAUCCUCGGCAUUAUCAAAGAAGGACGCUCCGUAGUGCUCACCUCACACAGUAUGGAGGAGUGUGAAGCCCUCUGUACACGAAUGGCGAUAAUGGUUAAUGGCAGGUUCCGGUGCCUAGGCAGUGUUCAGCAUUUAAAGAACAGGUUUGGAGAUGGGUACACCAUUAUCCUGCGGGUGGCAGGCACCAAUCCAGAGCUGGAGCCCGUGAUGAAGUUCAUCGAGAACGAGCUGCAGGGAAGCGUGCUGAAGGAGAAGCACAGGAACAUGCUGCAGUAUCAGCUGCCCUCCUCCCUUACCUCCCUCGCCAGGAUAUUCAGUAUCCUGUCCAAGAACAAGCAGCAGCUCAGGAUAGAGGACUAUUCGGUGUCGCAGACUACUCUUGACCAAGUGUUUGUGAAUUUUGCAAAGGACCAAAGUGACGAGGACCAUUCAAAAGACAUUUCUUUGAACAGAAAAGAAGCUGCGUUAGAUAUGGCGCAGCUGACUUCCUUUCUGAAAGACCAAAAGAUGAGAGAAAGCUACGUGUGAUUUCUUUUUUUUUUUGUCAUUUCAAACUGGAACUGCCGAGGCAACUCUUGAAAAGCAGUUUUUCAUUUCAGUAGGAGCUGUGAAAGAAGACCAAGUGCAAGAACUGAAACUGAACACACUACUGAAAUUACGCAAUGCAAGUCAAUGCAAGUCAAUGCAAAAAUUCCACUUCUGUUCACAAGGCAGUGCCUUGUGCUCUUCAUUAGUUUUAAGCAUAGCAAGUGCAAAAACUUGAAUAUAGUUAGAUUUGUUUUUACAGCUAUAGCAUUGAGGAUGCUGAAGUUCUGUUUUUUUUUUUCCUAGAAUGUGCGACAUUUUUUAUAAAAUCCAUGUAAUUCCAAUCCCUCGCUAUCAAUAAUAACAGGGGAAUCAGGGUCUGCUCACUUUGAAACCACAGUUUUUCUUACAGUAUCCGAAUGUCUAUGGCUUCUCAGAAGAAUUUAGAUUUUCUAAGUAUAUUUACAAAUGUUGUACUAUAGUAGUUGUUUCUAAUGUGGCAUUAUUUAUAUAUCUUUCUCAGCACAGUGCCUGCUAAAGUAUAGUCUCACUUUAAAAUACUCCCUCCAGGAUCUAUAAGUACAAAAUACAAAAUUGAACUAAGAAAUGUACUGUACUGACAAAGCAUUUCUCUGUGUGACGGUUCGUCCCUCGUUUUUCUUAAAGCAACCAAUCAUGUUGUUGUAUUUCAAUCACAGAGCUUGAAAAUACCUCAGGAGAUUAAGAGCCCACUUAAAACAAAUCAUCCUAGGUUACAAAAAAUCAUAAGCUCUGUGGUGAAGGGUUUUAUGAAUAGACUUCUAUCUAAUGAGUGCUACAUUGAUUCUACACUGAAGUUUGUUACCAGCUUUUUUAGAUGUCUGAAGAUAUGGCAUAUGGUCCUGGCUACCAGCAUCAGGUUAAUGAGCAGGACUUGAGGAGCUCUAGCAGUAUUCCAGCUAAAUUGCAAGGGAUUUGUUGAUGUGAUUAUAGUUCAAGAAUGUUCAUUUGUUAUUACUCUGUGGAGGUUUUGUAUAGUUUCCUAAAUUUUAUGUGUAGUCCAGUGGAAUCAUUUUGAUAGAUCUCUUUAUACACCAAAAACAUCUUCAAAAGCAAAAAAAAGAGCAUUUAAAUGUUUCAUGCCACCAGCAUUUGUGAGUGAUCAUCACGAUAUCAAAGGUGUCAUGGAGCAUCAGCUUCAUAAACCCUGCAUCAGGAUUACCUGCCUUUAAAUCAUAGAAUAUUGCUGCUGACAUUUGUUACAUUACAGUGGCCUUGCAGCUACAUAACAUGAUAAUUAUAAUCAAAUCCAGAAUCAUUAAUAUACAGAAAUGAGUCUAGUGUUUGGAAUUAAGUGAACGUAAACUCUCUAGAACAGACAUUUUCAUUCACCAUUGAUGUUAUCAUUGCACAAGUGCCAUAUCCUGCGAUUACAAUAGCAUCCUUGUACCAAAAUGUGCCAAUAGUGUCUACUGAACUAUAUUUAAGCAGUAUAACCAUUUGCAAGAGAAAGGUGGUGAUCCUUAUUAUUACUCAAUUAUAUCCGUUUCUUGUUGGUUCAUUAAUUGUUGGUUCUCAAUCUUUUGUACAAAGUAUUUUUAGACACAUAUACAGUAGUUCAUGUUAGGAAGUUGAUAAAGACUAAAUUCAUAACAGCAGUUUCAUUUCUAAAUUGCCACUGCUCUGACGAGAGGAAGCAGAAAUUUUUUAUUUUGACCAAAUAUGAUCAGGUAAGAAGAUGCUCACAAUAAGGAAUCCUGUUGGGGAAAAUACACAGUUAAUUGUUUUGAUUCGACACAGGAGGGCAGUAUUGUUGGUCCUUCAUUCCAAGCACUUUAUACUGUUUUUUUGUUGGGUUUUAUUGCACUGGACUAUCCACAGACUUUAUAAAAACAGACUUUUGUGAUGAAAACAUUUGUUCUAAGAUGGUCAAUUUUUUCUGUUUAAUAUCAAUAUCUGUUUACAUCAAAAGUAUUAAGAAAGGCUGUAUGGGAAUAUCUAUGUUACUUGUCAUUCACAUUACUUAUUUACAAAAUAAAACUUGACAAAUUUUCA